AUGGCUAGCCCGCGUCCUUUGUCAGAGUUGAGCCCAAUGGCUCAGCGACGGAAUUCUCCAAGCUGGAAACAGCCCCCGACCAAGUAUACAUUGGGCUCGUCUCCAUUUGAUUCAUCGCCAUUUAAUAAUUCAACCUCAAAACGCCUCUUCUGGCAAGAUCGCGAAUCGCAAUCAUCCUUUGUUUCUUUGAAUUCGGAAAACGCGAAGCCAUAUGACCCAGAAGUGCCCUACUCUCCAACCAAAAGGGCGUCAAUAGAAAAUCUCAAGCGCGCGUCUCGUGUAAAAAAUAGCAGUUUGAUCGCUCGUGAGCAGAAUACAGAAUAUGACCCAUCUCAUAUUUCUGUUCCAGAGCGCCCAUUAGCAACAGGUCGGUCGUUCCACGGCCGAAGCCAGAGUGACGUGCAAUCACCACAUCGAGAGGCACAAGAGUCACCACAAUACAGACCAGUUUCUCCAAGCAAAGACCAGCCUUCACCCCCCAAGUCAAGCUUAUCCAAAGCGACACGAUUCGGACAAAAAUUAUUUGACCCCGAGUCUGAUAUUUGGUCAGAUGUAGACGAUGGACCUUCGCGUUUCUCUGAAAGAAAUCCCAAGAGUGUCACCUUUGACGCGGCCCCCCCUCAGGUCAAUGAGUACGAGAUGACCACCCCUGAUAUCUCGUCUCUUGCAGAAUCACGAGAAGGCAGUUACGAAUUCGACGAGGAUGAAAUUGAUAUAAGUUUCGACCGAGGUUCAUCUUUAGAUCGUGACGACAGCUUCGACGCUUCUCUGGAGGACAUCGAAAAAACCCCAGUUGUUCUGCCUGAAGACUGGCGAUUCAUGAGCCCUGAUUCGGCAAAUGAUGACUUGGUCAGCGAGGAUGGAGAUCCGUUUGUUGAUCACCCUGAGAGCCCCGGUCCUGAAGUCCAGCCCGUGACGAAUCACGAUACAUCCACUCAUGGCUCUCGUAUCGAUUCCCUUGACUCGAAUGGCGAGAAGCGCCCUCUUCCACCACUGCCUAACGCGCGAUCUCAAGAUCAAUCGACUCGUGUGAGCAGUCCUGAUAAAUUGUCUGCAGCAUUCGAGCGGGCUGCUAGUGGACAGCGUGUGCUGCCUUCUCCUCCCGGCCCAGCUUCGUAUUCCAAAACCGACAUUGUGGGAUCAGGGCGACCGUCCAUGAACCUGGAAGACAGGCUACGACUUAUGAUGCUACAAGAGAGAGACGAUAAUGACCAACAAUUAGAGCUGGAACGCCAAAAGGAAAGACGCAUGAGGAGGGCUGGGGCGCGCGAGAGAAGCGCUGGAAGCGAAUAUGAAGAUAGGCGAGCAUCCGAGUCCAUAGCAAGCCAGGUUGAUACUCCACCACAUAUCUCUCGGGAGGAUAUUCUCCGAAACUUGAAGUCUAGGGAAGAUCUCAGCUAUGAUGAGGAGGAAAUUGACGACGUCGAUGGGGACUAUUCCUCUCAAUUUAACUCCAGUCCACCUCCCCACACACAAUACGAUCCAGAUGUUCCCAUUCCUUCUCUGGAAGAUCAUAUGGAAGAGUUCGAUGUUCAGAUCAAGGACGAGCCAUUGAGUGAUGACGAGGGCGAUGUGUACGACAUUCCAGAGUACUUCGGACCUAAUGCACAUGGACUACCUCUUCCUUCAGACGAAGACCGACUUGGAGGCGAUGAAGACGAUGAAAGCAAUUAUUCGCGAAAUUCAAGGGACACCAUCAAACAAGAACGGGAUAUUUCGGCCGAAACCACUGAGACCGACGUCACUACUGUCCAUGUUCCAGAAACAGAAGAUGUCAAGGAGACCAUUGAGCAUGACCAGGUAUCAUCCGAGACUGGAACUGGGUCAUCGAACGGGUUUGAGCAUCUCGACUUUGGUUUGAUAAACAUCCCCGAACCACUUCGACGCCCUCAAACUCCAGAGAUGCAGACCGGUGAAGUGGCUGACGAACCAUCUACCCCUGAUUCCGUGAUUAGACAUCCAGUCGAUGACGGAUCCGGAGACGAGGAAUCUGAAUAUGAAACCACUCCAGAGCCGGUCUCGGAGCUUGUUGCCACCAUCAAAGCCCCUGGUACUGGCUUGAAAACUCGCCCAUCACUAACGCCCGCUGAUGUACAGUCAAUGGCCGCCGUCCGCCGUAAAGUUAGCGUCCAGAGUGCAAUCGUACCAGUCGCCGAAGAAGCCAUUGAGCACACCCAGGAAGACGACACCGAACAGGAAUCACAGGAUGGCGAGCAGGCGAACGACGUCCUACCAACCCUCGCAGUGCCGGAAGUAAGCCAGAGACAAAGCAGUCUUGUCAAAUUGGAUAUCCCCUUUACUGGCUCUGGCGAAGGUCUUGACCUUGGUUUGGAUAAGGAAUUCGACCGAGUUAUUGAAGCCCAAAAGGUUGCGUUUAAUCUAGCCCUUUCCAGAAAAGUCUUCCCAUCCUCAACAACACCCAUCCCACUCGGAAUCCUUAAAGAAUUCCCAUCAGGACCCAUUGGACAUUUGAACCCUUCCCAGUUUGGAACUUCUUUUGCUAACAAAUAUCCACUCAAACAGAGAGGCUACCUCAUGCGUCAAAAUACGAAGGUCAUUAUUGCUUCUAGCAAUUCCAAUGAUGAACCUCAAACUGCUCCUCAGAACGCUGCUGCGAAAAAUGUCGAUACCAAACCAGAGAACACAUCGCCUCGCAAAGCCAGCCAGCCUACUUGGACUGCUGAGCCCUGGAAUGGAAAGAUGCGCCGUCAAAGUUCAAAGGCUCCCGGUGCUAUCAAAAAGAAACCUGUCCCUGGAGUAGUCCCGCCUUUGCCAGGUAUGCCGAGCAAUGUUCAGGAUGUCCAACAAAGCAUCGAGGAGGUAGAGACCGAGCAGCCAGAGGAUGACCAAGAGAGAGGCAGACUGUUUGUCAAAGUCGUCGGGGUUCGAGAUUUAGACUUGCCUUUACCGAAGAGUGAGAAACUUCAAUUCGCGUUGACAUUGGAUAAUGGCUUGCAUUGCGUCACGACAUCAUGGCUCSAGCUCGGAAGGAGCGCUCCAAUUGGCCAGGAAUUCGAGCUCAUCGUUCACAGAGACUUGGAGUUCCAACUGACCUUGCAAAUGAAGACUGACGGCACAUUCUUGAAGCAAAGCCGAGAAUCAGUGGUGUCUGCUACUCCCUCGAAACAGAAGUCUUCGGCUUUCAGUCGUGUCUUCGCAUCUCCAAAGAAGCGCAAAGAAAUGGAGAUGAAGCAGCAAUUGGAGCAACAAGAAAAACAGAGACUGGAAGCAAAGGCCAACGCCGGUCCUUGGGAAAAGCUUCGCUCGAUCAUUGAUCGCGAUGGUAGCUUUGCUCGUGCCUACGUGUCUCUGUCGGAUCAUGAAAAGUAUGCAUAUGGUCGACCUUAUGUAACCCGCGUUCCCUGCUUCAAUGAAUGGGCGGUUGAGGAACCAUCAAGUGUGAAGAGCAAAAAGAGCAGCUCGCUCAAUAUUGUGCAAAAGCGACCUCCCUAUAAGGUUGGUAACUUGGAGCUUCAACUUCUCUUCGUUCCUAUACCAAAAGGUGCCAAGGAAGAAGACAUGCCAAAAAGUAUGAACGCCUGCAUACGUGAAAUGCGCGAGGCAGAAAAUGCUGCCUCUCGCAUGUGGGAAGGCUACCUUUCCCAACAAGGAGGCGAUUGUCCUUACUGGAGAAGACGAUUUUUCCGGUUGCAGGGAUCAAAAUUGACUGCCUAUCACGAAGUGACUCGGCAACCGCGUGCCACAAUCAACCUGGCCAAGGCUGCUAAACUAAUUGAUGACAAGUCGGCUUUGACUCAGAAGGAAACCACAACUCGAGGAGGCGGAAGACGCAAGUCGGCGUUCUCGGAAGAAGAGGAGGGAUAUAUGUUUGUGGAGGAGGGAUUCCGCAUCCGGUUUGCCAAUGGGGAGGUGAUCGACUUCUAUGCUGAUAGCCGCGCCGAGAAGGAAGGAUGGAUGACAGUGCUGUCGGACACUGUUGGUAAAGGUUAUGCUGCGGGCACUGGUCAAGUGAAGGCCUGGACAGAGCUGGUCCUCAAGCAUGAAAAGGCAUUGAACGCUAAACGCGAAGCACUUGAUCGUUUAAUGGGUCCCAACGGACAAUCCCCGCACCAGAAAGCACCGGCUUCUCAACCAACAAAGCCUCGACACCAACACAAUCUGUCCCAGCCUGAAGUUCGCUCUCCUGAAGCACGACGGGAAAAGACUCGAUCUCUCAUGUUUUAA